CGAGGCCAAACAGACCAGGCUUAAUCACCACGCAGCGAAAGCACCAACGAUACGAUUACAAUACAGGGCAGGCAGGCACAGCGGAGUGUGAUUAUAUUUUUAGUAGCGGGGUUGGAAAAGAUGUCUACCUUUGCGCUACCGCGCGAGGCGCUGGGGAGGUUGGCGGAGGAGAUGCCGGAGAGGUCGAAGCAGAUCGCUGCGCUGGGGGCGCUGGUGGGUCCGCUCUGUGCGCAGCCGAGGAAUAUAGUAGUCUACGGCCUCGCAGCAACGGGGAAGAGUGCCGUCGUCGGCGGUGUGCUGGGCGCAUUGUCGACGGGUGAGGUGUCUGGGGGGAAUGGGUUGAGGUACGCGAUUGUGAGGAGUAAGGAGUGUAUUACUGGACGACAUCUACUGGAGCGGACAGUGUGUGCGGUGGCUGCCGCGGUAGAUUGGGAAGAGGGCGCAGGCCGGUGCGAGAACCUCGCGCAGUUGGCUGUAUUGCUUGGGAAGAUGCUAGAGGGCCGUAAGGGACGGUUCGUGCUAGUAUUCGAUGGUGUGGAUAAGCAGAGGGAUGCGCCGCCGACGUUGGUGCCUGCGCUGGCGAGGUUGGGGGAGGUGAACGCGAAUCUGACGACGGUUUUUGUGGUUACGUCGCCGAGACCGCAUUUUUUGCAUAAUCCGGGGGCGCCGCAUGUACAUUUUCCAAGCUAUACGAAGGCGGAGGCUGUGGCUAUCGUCUCGCGGUCUGUGCCGUCGAUAUAUCCUUCCUCGCCUUUAGAACCGACGUCCGUAUCCGACGGCGAUAACGUGGCAAUCGAGGGCGGAGAUAACAACGUAGGUGCCCGCCCAACAGCAAAAGAGACAGCAGAUCUCUAUUCCCGCUUCCUCUCCGCCGUCUGGGAUACCUUCGGCAAGUACGCUGGACGCGACAUCCUCUCCUUUCGUCGCAUUGCGCUCACACUCUGGCCGCGCUUCACCGCUCCAAUACGGGCUGGCGUCUACGGCCCAAGAGAGUUUCAGCGACUUCUCACAUCUCAACGCCCCCUCUUCCGAGACGAAUCCGUCCUCCUCCCCUCCGUCGUCACCACAUCCCUCGCUCUCUCACCAUCCACCACCCCCUCACAACCCCAACUCCCCACUCCCACAAUAAGCAAACCAGCCGCCACCUCCCUCGCAACCAAACACGCCCUCACCACCCCACCCCUCCCCUAUACAUCCCGCAUCCUCCUAAUAGCCGCCUACCUCGCCUCCUACACCCCCGCCCGCCUCGACCCCCUCCUCUUCGCCAAGUCCUCCGCCCCCACCAAGAAGCGCCGCAAGAACCUCGGCGGCGCCGCCACAAAGCCCCGUCCCGGGACCGCGGCGCGGCGGAAGCUAAAUCGCAAGCUUCUCGGGCCGCAGGCAUUCGUGAUGGAGAGGUGUCUUGCGAUUUUCUGGGCGCUGAGGGAGGAGGCGAAUGGGGCGGGGAGGGCGGAGACGGGGGGGGCGGAUAUUUUGGCUGCGGUGGCGGCGUUGGGGAGUCUGAGGUUGUUGGGGAAGACGAGUAGGGUUGCGGAUCCGUUGGAGGGGGGGUGUAAGUGGAAGGUUAAUGUUGGGUGGGAGGUUGUGAGGGUGGUGGGGAGGAGUGUGGGGAUUGAAGUUGAGGAGUGGAUUAUUGAGUAGAUGAGGGAGGAUAGGGAUUGAGGGCUUAUGGAAGUGCUCCGUUAUACUCCAACUCAGUGCAGAGUUGUUGGUGGUAGCCCAUGGACAGGCAAUGGUGGGAAAAGCACCUAAAUAAUAAACUACAGAUACUAGUGCCACUUAAAGGCUAAGGGACAGAGAGACUGUGUAUCACGGCCACCAAGAGGGUUAGAACAACCGACAAAGAUUAUUGUUGUUUAGGUUAUUUACAGGAACUGCAAAUAAAACAUAAUUAGACUGUUAAUAUCUUAGAAGCUCUCAAAUAUAG